AUGAAGAAUUCUAGAACAAAUGAAAAUGGUGAUGGCCAAGCGAAUUUUUUUGAUUACUUACUUGUCGGAUUACCAGAAGGAACGAUUAUUGAAGUCAAGCAGCUAUUUUAUAAUUUUAUAACUAAUGUAAUGACUUAUGAUGAGGUUAAGAGCGCAUAUCAAUCUCUUAUUGGUAACACAGAUGCUAUAAAUAUGCUUCAGAGCUUUAUGAAUGUAUCUGAGGAGGCCCCAGUUGUAGAGCAAGAUGAAAAUGAUACCGCAAAUAUGAAAAAGAAUAAAACCUGGAGUAGAUUUGAAGAUCAACGAUUAGUUACAGGAAUACAUAAAUACGGUAUCACAAAUUGGACAAAUAUUUGUCAAUUUGUGGGAAAUAGAAGAACACGUGGACAAUGUAGCCAGCGUUGGCAUAGAACUAUAAAUCCACUCAUAAAUAAAAACUACUGGAGUGCGGAAGAAGAUUAUAAAUUAAUUCAUGCUGUCAAUAAAUAUGGAGAUAAAUCUUGGGCGAAAGUCGCUUCGUAUGUAAUUGAUAGAACAGAUAUACAUUGCAGAUAUAGAUAUCAGAUUAUAUCCAAAAAGCGUACCGCAUCAUCUAAUGAAAGUCCUACUCUUUAUUAUUAUCAAAAUUCCGAAAAAAUAUCCGGAAAGUCCGAAAAACCAAGAAAAGCAGCAGAAGUAACACCUAAAGAGGAUAAUCAAUCUAAUUUCAAGACAACAAACUUAGAUAAUGCAAUAAAUUUAUUUGAUCUACUGAAAGAGAUAAGCGCUGACCCAUCAUCACUAUUUAAUAAUGUUUAG